CUGUGUGAUGUGUCAGAGCGAGGAGUGAAUUUCUGCUUCAUACUGGAGUCUGACCAGUCUAAUGAGCAGCGACCUUAAACGCUCAACAAGUUGUUUUUUUUUUUUAAGGAGGCAUGAGGAAUCAUCAGAUUACAAGGUUCUCCUUGGAGCAGCUUAUUCUUCUGUAGAAAAAUUGAUCCAAAAAUAGAGCCUAUUCUUCUCCUCGGUGCGAAAGGGAAGAAAGGACACCGCUGUAUCCGGAAACAAUGUCAUUUAAAGUCUGCAGAAGUGGGAUUACAUGGCAGCUUCUGGAGCUGAUUUUGGGCGUCACUUUAAACAUCUGAUCAAGUUAAUUCCGGCUUCAUUUUUACAAAACAGCGCCUAUUGUAGAGCUGUCUUCUUUGGCUGUCUGAGCGCUUCAGUCACAGGCAGGCGCUUCUUCCAUCAUGACUGUUUUUUCCAUUCGGAGACUCAAAAUGAAAACGUGCCGUGGAGUCUGUAAAAAACAUGGGAUAGAUUUCGCGUAAUGUGACUUGUUUCAGACGUGUUGUAUGUCCCUGUCGAUCUGUUUUUCUGUGUGCGUGUUUCCAGCGCGUGUCAGAAUGAAUCAGUGCGCCUCGGAGUGUGAGCGCCCGCGUGUGCCAUUAUGUGCGUCCCUUAUGUCCAUUAACUCCCCUUCCCUUCUGACAAAGGAUCAAGUGUCCUUGUCAUUCAUCCGCGGAUGAAUGCACUCUGCCACUUUACCGCUCAAAUAAUCUCUUGCAUAAUGAUGUGUGUAGAAAAUAUCAGAACUGGAUGAGCAGCCUGGCCACAGAGGCGACAAAGGCAGGACACUGACGGCGAAUGAGCGGUGAGCUUCGUUAUCUUCAAAAGACCGGGGAUCUGGUGCCAGUAUGACCGGCGUCGGAGCGCUGACGGCGGCUGUAAAAAGGAGAGGGAGGGCCUCAGGGGGAGAAAAACGUUUCAAGGACGAGGAAGGAGGACAACAUCUGUAGAAGAGAAACAUCUGUAAGGAAAAGGGGACUGGUUAAGAAAAGCUGCUGGGUGAAUGAUUUCAUGUCUGGAUGGAGCUUUUUCCAAGGGCACUGAGGUAAGCAUGGCCACAUCGGCGGAGAGAGGGCGGAGGUGCGAGCUGUCAGCUCCAGGAGAAUGACUCCAGACAGAGACCACUUUCUUUAAGCUUUCUCAAUUUAACAUUCAGACUGGCAUUAACCCUCUCACGUGUGUAAUUUAGACUGGUUGAUACAGUAAACACUAGAUUUCCUAAGAGGGGAGUCACAGGUUAUAUUCACCCUAUUCUCACCCUCCUCCUACCCCUGGAGCUGGGAUGGAUGGAGUUACUGGAGGUGCAGGUACCCCCAGUAGUGCAGGGGGGUCUGGGGGUGACAGCCUCCCCAGACGAGGGGACUCAAAGCGGCGCAGUAAAGGUAGCCUGCCCUCCCCAGGCUACAGGCUGUCCCAGGCCUCUCUAGAGGGGGAGAAGGGCUCCUUCGGGGCAGACAGCUCUUCCUUAAGUGGACGUGGCCGCCGCCUCUCCAUCAUGAGCUCCUCUACCCGGGAUGGCCUUCCCUUCCGGACAGCAGGCACCCCGACAACCCCAGUGCCCCUGCCACCUCCACCCAGCUCCUGCUCAACCACAGCCCACCCUCCUCGCUCAGUGGGCUUUGCUGCCUCCCGCGCCGCCCUGACCUCCACCUCCUCCACUGGGACAGGGGUGAUGGUGGUGGCUACUGGUCCAGAGACCACUACCAGCACGGCAUGCAACACCACAGCAGGGACCCCUGAAAUGAUGGGUCAGUCUGCACUGGGGGGGUUUGGGAUGGGGCUGGAUGGGGAAGACUAUAGCGCCUCCAACCAGAGCACCUUCAUCCAGAGACAGUUUGGAGCCAUGCUGCAGCCAGGGGUCAACAAGUUCAGCCUGCGCAUGUUCGGAUCCCACAAGGCUGUGGCUCUGGAGCAGGAGAGACUGAAAUCAGCAGGGGCGUGGAUCAUACACCCCUACAGUGACUUCAGAUUCUACUGGGACCUGGUGAUGUUAAUGUUGAUGAUGGGGAACUUGAUCAUCCUUCCAGUGGGCAUCACUUUCUUUAGAGACGAGAACACACCCUCGUGGAUAAUAUUCAACGUGGUCUCUGACACUCUCUUCAUGGUAGACCUGGUUUUAAACUUCAGGACCGGCAUCAUAAAGGAGGACAACACUGAGAUAUUACUGGACCCAAGGGCGAUUCGUCAGAGGUACCUGAAGAGCUGGUUUCUUGUGGACUUUGUGUCAUCCAUCCCAGUGGACUACAUCUUUCUCAUGGUGGACAGUCUGGACUCUGAGGUCUACAGGACAGCCAGGGCGCUGCGCAUCGUUCGCUUUACCAAAAUCCUUAGCUUGCUUCGACUGCUUCGCUUGUCCAGACUCAUUCGAUACAUCCACCAAUGGGAGGAGAUCUUUCACAUGACCUAUGACCUUGCCAGUGCCAUGGUGAGGAUUGUUAACCUCAUUGGUAUGAUGCUGCUGCUGUGCCACUGGGAUGGCUGUUUACAAUUCCUGGUCCCCAUGCUGCAGGACUUCCCCCCCGACUGCUGGGUCUCCAAGAACCUGAUGGUGAAUGACACAUGGGGUGUGCAGUACUCCUAUGCUUUGUUCAAAGCUAUGAGCCACAUGUUGUGUAUCGGAUAUGGUGCCCAGGCUCCAGAAGGCAUGACUGACGUGUGGCUGACCAUGCUCAGUAUGAUCGUAGGUGCCACCUGCUAUGCCAUGUUCAUCGGCCACGCCACCGCUCUCAUUCAGUCAUUAGACUCCUCCCGGCGACAGUAUCAGGAGAAGUACAAGCAGGUGGAGCAGUACAUGUCAUUCCAUAAACUUCCUGCUGAUGUUCGUCAGAAGAUCCAUGAGUACUAUGAGCACCGCUUCCAGGGGAAAAUGUUUGAUGAGGAGAACAUCCUGGGAGAACUCAGUGAGCCUCUCAAAGAGGAGAUAGUCAGCUUUAACUGCCGCAGCUUGGUGGCUAACAUGCCACUGUUUGCGAACGCUGACCCCAACUUUGUGACUGCCGUGCUGACCAAACUACGCUUUGAAGUGUUCCAGCCUUCAGAUUUUAUCAUCCGUGAGGGCACAGUUGGAAGGAAAAUGUACUUCAUCCAACAUGGACGAGUCGGUGUGCUUACCCGUGGCAACAAGGAAACCAAAUUGAGUGAUGGUUCAUACUUUGGAGAGAUCUGUUUGCUGACUCAUGGGAGGAGAACAGCCAGUGUUCGUGCAGAUACAUAUUGUCGUCUGUACUCUCUCAGUGUGGACAGCUUUAAUGAGGUGUUAGAGGAACACCCUAUGAUGCGGCGUGCUUUUGAAACUGUCGCUGUUGACCGCUUGGACCGUAUCGGGAGAAAGAAUUCUAUGCUCCUGCGAAAGUCCUCCCAGGCUGGUUCUUUGGGGGGCAGCAUAGGUCGCGGUGGAGGCCGGGGUGGAGGGGGUCCAGGAGCUGGAGGAGGCCUUGCAGCAGGCAGUCUUGGCUCAUGUGACAGCAUGCUGGUGCAACAGAUAGUCAAACACGACAGCAUGCCCGCCAUGCAGGAUGCUAUUGCAGCUGCCACUGCUGCAGGAAGAGGUGGAGUCAUGGGAGGAAGUGGCACUGUGUCUCCUCGACCCCGCCCUGUCAUUUGGGCACCACUGGUUCAUGCCCCUCUGCAGACAGCUGCUGCCACAAGUAAUGUAGCCAUCACACUCAUGCACCAGCAGCAACAACAGCAGCUCCAGCAGUUGCAGCAUCAGCAUGCACUUGGAGGUGCUUUCUUCCUGCCCUCUCCUCUUAUCUCUCCCUCUCCCUCCUCCACUUUCCCCCUCGCAUCUCCUCGUGCCCCUGUGUUACAGCCGCUCCGCCCCUCUGUGAGCUCUUUAAUCGGGAUGAUGGCAAUUGGUGGGAUGGGUGGUUUGUCCCCAAGAGGAUUUCCUCUCUCUCCCUCGACCAUGGGGCCUUCUGGUGGGGUCACAUCACCCCCUAUCGCUAAGACUCCACCCUCACCCAUGCCAGCCCCCGCGGUCCCAACUUCUGUCCAACAGGGUAGGACUCUUCAUUACAGCCUCCGCCCCCAGGCUGAUAAUCCAACAGGGAUUGCUGGAUCACUGGGAGCCCCUUCAGGUGGAGGGCCACCAACUCCAUCCAUCCACAAGGUACAUACCACAAACCCCCUUGCUGCAUCUGGUGUCCCUAUAGAAGGUAGCACCUCUGUGACAGGCCAGCAGGGAGCAAAAGAAGCUCUGUUACGUCAUGGAGGAAACAGCUCUCAGGGUCUGCCAGCACUGGGCAGGCUCACCCAGGAAGCCAGACUGCUGUCUGCUUCACAGCCCACUCUGCCUCACCGCUCCUGGGCUGGAUUGCAGCCUCACCCGCCCCUUCACAGGAAGGCCUCUGGUGGGAAUUUGCUUGCAGCUCCCUUUCUGGCAGGGCAGUUAGCCAGGGGAAGCAGUGCGGGAAUGCUGACAUCUAACAACCCGGUUCAGCUAGUUGCAAAUAUAACAUUUAAUGCACAAGCACAUGCCACAGUGCCAGUCCCGCUCACUUUAGCAAAGGUUAUCUCUGCAAACACCAGCACUUACACACAAUCUGCCUCUCAUACUGAACCUUUACCCAUACCUAUAGCUGCACAUCUGCCUCCCGCUGCCUUGUUGCCAUCCUCCUCCAUUCCAAAGCCGGUUCAGCUCUCUUCUGCCACUGUUUCUCCUGCACCCACCCCCUUGUCUCCUAUUCUUUCCCAAACCCCUCGCCCUAAACCAAUCUCAAUGACUCCCUCUGGCUCCUCCUCCCCUCCUAUCUGCUCCACACCUUCUUCAGCAGGAACAAACACACUGUUGCUGUCAUCAACUCCGCGUCCCAAACCCAUCCCAGCACCCUCCCCCCCCGCUCAUCCUCCCCCUCUCCCUCCUCCACACCACCUCCAUCUUCUGUUUCUAGCCCUGUUCCUUUGCCUCAAACUUAUGGGUCCAAGUCGUCUCUUACCUCUUCUUCUCCACCCUCACCCUUGACCAGCUCUUCUCCACCACAUCCCCAGAGCCCUCGGGCCAAAGCAUCAAACACACCUCCAUCUGCUUCUCCAUUGUCUGGCUCGAGUCCUAACCACACU